AUGACCCUGGCACCAAAGGAGCUGUCCAAUCUGUUGGGCAUAAUCUCCGAAGACGCCUGUGCUAACACAUUCGAGAGUCUGUCAACUGCUUUCCAUCACUUCUUUGGGAAAGCAGAACAUUUCCGUGUGGGCUCAGUUCUGGUGAUGCUGCUACAACAACCGGACCUCCUCGCAGUCCUGCCCAGUUCGCCGCAACGCCUUACGGCUCUGUACCUGCUCUGGGAAAUGUACCGCACGGAGCCUCUCGCCGCCAAUCCUUUUGCCGCGGUCUUUGCCCAUCUUUUGAAUCCCUCACCAGUUGGGGAAGAGCAGGAGAAACCACUGUCUGGGUUUCUUCCACCUAUAACACAGCAGGAGAAGUUCUUCCUGUCCCAGCUCAUGCUAGCCCCUCCAAAGGAGCUGUUUAAGAAGACGCCCAGACAGGUGUCAUGCAUGGAUGUAGGCAACAUGCCGCAGUCCAUAGAUAUAAGUGGGCUUCAACUUGCCCUGGCCGAGAGACAGUCAGAGUUACCCACUCAAAGUAAGGCAAGUUUUCCUAGCAUCCUUAACGAUCCAGACCCAGAUUCGUCCAAUUCAGGAUUUGACAGCUCUGUAGCCAAUCAGAUCACAGAGGCCUUGGUCACUGGGCCAAGGCCACCGCUGGAGAGUCACUUCCGGCCAGAGUUCAUCCGGCCACCGCCGCCUCUGCAUGUGUGUGAGGACGAGCUGGCGUGGCUGAACCCCUCGGAGCCAGACCAUUGCGUGCAGUGGGACCGCUCCAUGUGCGUGAGGAACAGCACUGGCGUGGAGAUCAAGCGCAUCAUGUCCAAGGCCUUCAAGAGCCCCCUCUCUGCACAGCAGCAAGCCCAGCUCCUGGGAGAACUGGAGAAAGAGCCAAAGCUUGUCUACCACAUAGGACUGUCCCCAGCCAAGCUGCCUGACCUGGUGGAGAACAAUCCGCUGGUUGCCAUAGAGAUGUUGCUGAAGCUAAUGCAGUCCAGUCAAAUCACGGAGUACUUCUCUGUGCUCGUCAACAUGGACAUGUCUCUGCACUCCAUGGAGGUGGUCAACAGAUUGACUACAGCAGUUGACCUUCCACCAGAAUUCAUCCAUUUGUACAUCUCCAACUGUAUUUCCACCUGUGAGCAAAUCAAAGACAAGUACAUGCAGAACCGUCUGGUUCGGCUGGUCUGCGUGUUCCUGCAGUCCCUGAUCCGAAACAAGAUCAUCAACGUGCAGGACCUGUUCAUCGAGGUGCAGGCCUUCUGCAUCGAGUUCAGCCGCAUACGCGAGGCGGCCGGGCUCUUCCGACUUCUCAAAACCCUGGACACGGGAGAGAACCCCGCCGAGGCCAAGCCCGCCAAAUAACCCUCAGCCUCCGGACAGGCCAACACAGUGCAAACCCACGUCUUCUCAGUUACGCGUUACAUUUUUGUUUAGUUUUUUUUUGGUAUGAAAAUAAAUCUUGAAAUGAA